AUGGCAGCUGUUGGCACAGACAAGAAAUGGUCCAAGUAUCCUCUGGCCGCUUCCAAGCAUUCCAGUAAGCUCCUGUGUCGAGUGGCCGAAAUAUACCAUGAUGGGCUAGCACCCAAGAAGAGCCCUUCGUCCUUCGAUUUCCUCAAGCGCCAGGAGUGGCUUGGUCCUCAGUUCUGGAUCAAACUGAAAGUGAAGCCCCGGCAGGAGAUCCAGACUCUUCUCGCUCUCCACAAUCAGUCUUCGACUCAACGACUCCCAAAGUUCGGCUUCGAGUUUCGCCUGAAGUGCAAGGUUCCACUGCGCCGCAACGGUGGGGAUUCAGAGGAGAAGAAAUGGUCUUCUGCGGCGGAAAAUGUCCAAUCCCGUGGUCGGGUCGAUCAGGACGAAGGGGAAGUCACGAGCCUCACCCCGAAACAACUUCAGAGAAGUCUCAGCUUGCUCGAAGCUGACGUAGCCUUUGGAGAUCGCAUCUUGAAACCCAUCAAACACGAUGUUCAAGGAUUGGAAAGGCGGCAUGUUCAGUGGCAUCUGGGAGAUCGGCAAGAACGGAAUGAUCGACCGAGAAUGCCAUGGCAGGUCGGCGGAGUCGUCGCUGGAGGCCAGACGAGACCAGAUACCUUCAAUCCUCCGCUCCAUAUAGGCGACCUGACCAUGUUAUGCCACUCAAUCACCUUGGCGGCCAAAGCAUUGUGA